AGGUCCCGGCGCCCGGCCCUCUCGCGGCCGCGUGGGAGCAGCGGGGCUCGACGGCGCGGCCGCCCGGAAGCCAUGGCCGCGCAUGGGAAGCUGCGCCGGGAGCGGGGGCCGCAGGCCGAGUAUGAGGCGCAAGUCAAAGGUGGCAUAGGGCCCGCUCCCCCUGGCGCCUGGAGCGGAGAGCCAGCCGCUGGAGCCCGGCCUCAGAGGGUGUGAGCGGACUGGGUCACUCAGCCCUGCCCUGCUCUGCAGCGGCUUUCCUGUCAGGAAGCACCCCCCGCCAUCUGACUUCGGCUCAGGUCAUGAUCUCUUGGUUCGUGGGUUCGAGCCCCGCGUCGGGCUCUGUGCCGACAGCUCGGAGCCUGGAGCCUGCUUCGGACUCUGGGUCUCCCUCUCUCUCUGCUCCUUCCCUGCUCGUUCUCUCUCUCUCUCAAAUAAAUAAAAAUUAAAAAAAAAAAAAAGAAAGAAAGACACCUUCUCUAAAGGGAGAGCAGACAAGGAGAUGGGGAUGCCGGCAAGCGGUACCCACGGAGGCGGCGCCACGCCCACGGCCCCUGGGAAGUCACUGGCAGGACACAAAUGCAAGGACAGGCGCUGAGCUGUUUGCAGGGCAGUUUCUUCAGUGGACCUGGGCCCCUGCUGCUUCUCACCUCCUCCCUCACCUGCUCCCUGGUCUGAGGCCUCUCUGUCUUCUGCCUAGCGCGGCUCUGGAGCUGCCACCGGAGCUGGGCACUUUCUCUCUGCCACCGGAGAGGUCACCUGACCUCUGCCUGGCCUCCCCAUGGCAGCCCAGGGGGGAGCCGGACCGUGGUGCUCGGCUGCUGUGUCUCCUCUCUCUCUCGGUGACUGGCUGGAAGUCCUUCCCUGACCACGGGCCCUGUGCCAUCUGCGUGUGCCCACGGCUUGCUCCAGCCACACUGGUUCCAACGGCCCACGCCCCCUGUGUGACCUCCUUCAGCUCCUGGCCCCCCUCUAGAAGGACCCCUUCCCGCCCUCACCUCCAGCUCUGCUCUCACCUUGCUGGGUUUGCCUCCUCAGCACCCCGUGCUCCUGGACGUUCUAGUAUGUGUGUGGCCCCUUGUGAUCUGCACCCCCUUUCCCAUCCUGGCUUUGUGAGGGCAAGCACUUGGUCAGCCCUCUGUCACACUGUCUCCGCGUCUGGAACAUGCCUGGCACAGACUGGGUAUGUAAUCAACAUUCUGUGGAAUGGAGAAAUCGAUUAAUGUCCCUCCCUGGGCACACGGAUGGAGAUAAAUAAGUGGGCGACCCUUUUGCCCGAAGCCCGGGCCGGGACUUGUGACCCGGGAGCCCCCAUGCCCACCUGGGCGCCCGGUGGGUGGCAGAAGGUGUCUGUAGCAGGUUAAGUGUGUCAUUCAGGCGGUUCUUUGCUUUCGUGGGGAGAGCAGUGUUGCCAAAUCAAGCCCGCGAUAAGGUGUCAAAAGCCAGCGGUGUGGGGGCCCUGGGCGUGGCGCCUCUGCCAGGAGGUGGGGGUGGGGUGCCCUGUGGGUGGGUGCCGGGGGUGGAAACUGGAGACCGAAAGCAGGCCAACUCCCUCAGUACCUUUCCCUAGUCAGCCCCAGCCAGCUUGCUCUGGCCAUUGGCCCCGCCGAGGGGGCUGCCCUUUCCCCGUGGGGGGCCAAGGGCACGCUUCCCGGCCACUGAGGCCACUGGUGGCCACAAGUUCGCCGCAGGUUCAGCAGAGCGCCACGGCAGCCUUGCCCCUGUGCGGCCGCCACCCUGCCUGGGGUCCUGGGCUCCCGAAGGGCAGGAAGUGGCAGGACACACAGCUCAGGGGCUUUCCAGGAACCACGGAGUGACGAGAAGCCCAGUUGAAAGGCACCUGGCUAGGGCCAGGGCCAGAUGGCACUGGGGCAGCUCUGGGUUCCCACCGUUGUGACAGGUUCCCACCACCCCGGAUCGGCCCCGCUGCCCGUCUGCCCGCAACAGCCUUCCUGUUCUUCAACUGCUUGGGCCUGGCCGGUUCCCUUUAGUCUUAGCCCAGAGGCCCCUUCCCCCUCCCCACCCCGGACUGCCCUGAGCCCAGCGUGCCCCCCCCACCCCGGGGGGCCAGUGUCCUUCCCCUCCUCCGUCUGGGGGGCAACCACGGCGCGGGGGGUGGGGGGGAGGCGCUCAGGCCGUGGCCGGGCCUGAGCCACGGUCCCUCGCAGAGAUGCGCUGGCAGCUGAGCGAGCAGCUGCGCUGCCUGGAGCUGCAGGGCGAGCUGCGGCGGGACCUGCUGCAGGAGCUGGCCGAGUUCAUGCGGCGGCGUGCCGAGGUGGAGCUGGAGUACUCCCGGGGCCUGGACAAACUGGCCGAGCGCUUCUCCAGCCGAGGCGGCCGCCUGGGGGGCGGCGGCCGGGAGCACCAAAGCUUCCGGAAGGAGCCGUCCCUGCUGUCGCCCCUGCACUGCUGGGCCGUGUUGCUGCAGCAUACGCGGCAGCAGAGCCGGGAGAGCGCCACCCUCAGCGAGGUGCUGGCCGGGCCCCUGGCCCAGCGCCUGAGUCACAUCGCGGAGGAUGUGGGGCGCAUAGUCAAGAAGACCAAGGAUCUGGAGCAGCAGCUGCAGGAGGAGCUCCUGGAGGUGGUGUCGGAGCUUCAGACGGCCAAGAAGACAUACCACGUGUACCACAUGGAGAGCGUCAAUGCUGAGGCCAAGCUCCGGGAGGCUGAGCGGCAAGAGGAGAAGCGGGCGGGCCGCACCGCCGCCACCUCCGCCGCGGCCACCAAUGAGGCGGGCCCUGUCCGCAAGAGCUCCCUCAAGAAGGGAGGGCGGCUGGUGGAAAAGCGUCAGGCCAAAUUCUUGGAGCAUAAAGUCAAGUGCACAAAGGCUCGCAACGAGUACCUGCUCAGCCUGGCCAGCGUCAAUGCUGCCGUCAGCAACUACUACUUGCACGACGUCUUGGAUCUCAUGGAUUGCUGUGACACAGGAUUCCACUUAGCCCUGGGCCAGGUGCUCCGGAGCUAUACGGCUGCCGAGACCCGCACCCAGGCCUCCCAGAUGCAGGGUCUCGGCAGCCUGGAAGAGGCGGUGGAGGCCCUAGAUCCUCCAGGGGACAAGGCCAAGGUUCUGGAGGUGCACGCAGUCGCCUUCUGUCCCCCGCUGCGCUUCGACUACCAGCCCCACGAGGGAGAUGAGGUGGCCGAGAUCCAGGUGGAAAUAGAACUGCGGGACGAGAUCCUGCCCAGGGCCCAGAAUAUCCAGAGCCGCCUGGACCGACAGACCAUCGAGACGGAGGAGGUGAGCAAGACUCUGAAGGCCACGCUGCAGGCCUUACUGGAGGUGGUGGCGUCGGAAGACGGGGACGCGCUUGACUCUUUCCAAGCCAGCCCCUCCACCGAGUCCCUCAAGUCCACCAGCUCGGAUCCGGGUUCUCGGCAGGCUGGCCGGAGGCGGGGCCAGCAGCAGGAGACUGAGACCUUCUACAUCACGAAGCUCCAGGAGUACCUGAGUGGACGAAGCAUCCUCGCCAAGCUGCAGGCCAAGCAUGAGAAACUGCAGGAGGCCAUUCAGCGAGGUGACAAGGAGGAGUGGGAGGCGUCUCGGACCCAGUACACACAGAGAAAACUCCAGAAGAGCCGCCAGCCCCGCCCCAGCUCCCAGUAUAACCAGAAGCUCUUCGGGGGAGACAUGGAGAAGUUUAUCCAGAGCUCAGGCCAGCCGGUGCCCCUGGUGGUGGAGAGCUGUGUCCGCUUCAUUAACCUGAAUGGCCUGCAGCACGAGGGCAUCUUCCGGGUGUCAGGUGCCCAGCUCCGGGUCUCAGAGAUCCGCGACGCUUUCGAGAGAGGGGAGGACCCACUGGUGGAAGGCUGUACGGCCCACGACCUGGACUCCGUGGCUGGGGUGCUGAAGCUCUACUUUCGGAGCCUGGACCCCCCGCUCUUCCCGCCGGACCUGUUCGCGGACCUGCUCGCUUCUGCAGAGCUGGAGGCCGUGGCGGAGCGGGUGGAGCUCGUGAGCCAACUGCUGACCCGGCUGCCCAGACCCGUGCUGGUGGUCCUGCGUUACCUUUUCACCUUCCUCAACCACCUGGCUCAGUACAGCGACGAGAACAUGAUGGACCCCUACAACCUGGCCGUGUGCUUCGGGCCGACACUGCUGCCCGUGCCCGCGGGGCAGGACCCGGUGGCCCUGCAGGGCCGGGUGAACCAGCUGGUGCAGACGCUUAUCGUGCAGCCGUCUCGGGUUUUCCCGCCCGUGAGCCUGCUGCCCGGCCCCGUCUAUGAGAAGUGCAUGGCACCGCCUUCUACCAGCUGCCUGGGGGACGCCCACCUGGAGGGCCUGGCGGGGGAGAAUGAGCCAGAGCUGGAAGCCGGGACCCCGGCCCAGGAGGACGACCUGGAGGGGGCCGUGGAGGCCGUGGCCUGCUUUGCCUACACGGGCCGCACGGCCCAGGAGCUGAGCUUCCAGCGCGGGGAUGUGCUGCGGCUGCUCGAGCGGGCCUCGGGCGACUGGUGGCGGGGCGAGCGCGCGGGCACCCGGGGACUCAUCCCGCACAAGUACAUCACGCUGCCCACGGGUGCAGAGAAGCAAGCCGCCGGCCAGGGACCACAGGCUACGGGGGAGCUGCUGAGCAGUCCAGGCGUCCUCCCGGCCACAGAAUUUGCCCACCGGCCAGAGCCAUGCACCCCACCUGAGGCCCCUCUGGGCACACCCGGGGGUCCCGCUGGGCACAGGCGGCACUGCUUGGUCCCCACCUCCCCGGAGCGAUAUGUGGAGGUAGACAAGGCCGUGGCACAGACCAUGGACUCCGUGUUCAAGGAGCUCUUGGGAAAGACCUCCGCCCGCCAGGGCCUCGGGCCGGCAACCGCCGGCUCCCCCAGCCCCGGACCCGGCAACGUGAAGCCUCCAGCCUGCAGCCGCCUUGGCAAGAACAAAGGCUUCUCCCGCGGCCCCGGGGCCCUGGCGUCACCCGCGUUGUCCCAUCCCCAGGGCCUGGACUCACCCCUCAAGCACUGACGCGCUGCUCCCUGGUCUGUCCAGCAAGCGCUGGGCUCCUGCUCUUGUCCCCUCUACAGAGGAAGGUACAGCCGCCCCAACGCCCCCCUGCCUGCCCUAGCCCCGGCUCGGGCCCCUUUGGGAGGGAGCUGAGGAAGGAGGCCGAGGCUGAGGGGCUCAUCGGUGACUGUCGGGCGGUGGGCGCCCAGGCUGCUCUCUGCCUGAGCUGAGGGUGCCAGCCUGGUGGAGGUGGGCAGGCGUUGGCCGCUGUUUAUAAAGACCUGUGCGCUGA